GAGGCGACUGUGUGGACGAGGUUCGCUGAGGGCGGUCUCUUCAGGUCAGAGCAGACCUGGUUCAACUGUCGGAGGAGAGUCCCAGUUUCCUGCUUCAAUCCGGGAGUUUUGAAGUAGCCAUGGCGUCGGGCCCGUCCAGUGUUGUUGUGUUGGCUCUGUGUGUGACCCUGGCCCCUUACGUUUCUGCAGGGGACAGGGGCUGUCAGGCCUACAGAGAUUCAUCCAAUGUGUACCAUCCAUUCCAGUGGUGCUUUAAUGAAUUUUGCUGUGGUAGCUGCUCCAAACGAUACUGCUGUAAGGAUACUCUCUGGCGGUUUGAUGAGGAUGAUCAAGAUAAUUGUGCAGACAUUAAUUUUGCCUCACAUAGCAGACCAUUGCCCAUGAUCAUUGGUAUUGGUGGCUCUGUUGUCAUGUUGCUCAUCGCCAUCUGCUGCUGUGUGUGUCCCUGCUGCUGCCUGUACAAGGUGUGCCGCAAGCCAAGACCUGUGAUAGCUACCACCACCCACACCACAGUUGUCACCACCGCUCCUCAGCAGUAUCCCCAGCAGCCAACUGCAACACCAGGACCACCUCAGUCCUACCAGGGGGCCCAGUAUCCACCCUACCAGCCCGUACCAGUGCAGCCGGGUUAUGGAGCCCAGCCCAUGCCCCAGGGCUACGGACCUCAGCCCAUGCCAACAUCAUCCUACCACGGACAACCAUUCAACGCAUUACCGCCACCAUCAUAUCAGGAAGCCACCGGUCCUUACUACCCUCCCACCCCGAUGCCUUACAGCCAGGCUGCAUUCACUCCUGGCCAGCCAGCGUAUCCUCUGCAGCCUCCUGUCCAGCCGCAGCCCAACGCUCCACCCGCACACUCAGACUACCUAGCCCAGCCAGCAUACAACCCGGAUUUUGUUGCACCACCCAAGACUGGAUAGUAGACCACAGUGCCACGCUCUCUGCCACUUUAAACGUGCUGCAACAUUUUCGAACUUGGCAGGACUGGAAAUGUGUAAUCUGAAUCCAGAUGAGAAUUGUUUCUGAGCAUCUUCAUUCAUGUGUUUUGGUGUUGGCCAAGUAAAAAUGAUACCUUGAUACCUUUUUGGCUUGUAAUGCAUGGACUUACAAUAUACAAGUGGUGAGAUUUUUUUUUUUUUAUAAAUUCUUGUGGCUCCAUCUUAGUCAUCUUGGUAAAUUACACAUAAAACCACAGAGUCAGAUUUUUAAAGAGUAGAUGAAGUGCUUUGACAUUUUCCAGCCUUCUACACAUGCCUCAAAGUCUCCCUACUAGUCCCUGUCUAUGCUGUGCACCCCGAACCUGCCUGUUGUCUUAAUUCACCAUCUACGGCGACUGCAGUCAGACUCAGUGGUCAAACUUUGGAGGAGUUUUAGUGGUUGCGGCCAUAAUCUCAUUGCUUUCUGCCAGUUUAUUUCAGACCAAUAAAAGUGCUUUCAACCUUUUUUUUUAAAGUCAGUGAAUAGUGUGUGUUCAGAAAAAAGCCUCCAGCAAAAAGGGAACGUUCAUCAUGUCACUUCAACAAAAUAAGCCUCGCACACAGGGGAAGAGCACUUUACAUUUAAGUUUUGUGUGUUCAUGUAAAACUUCACAUUAAGGUUUGUUUUCUUUUUUUGCUCCAGUUGUUUUUCAUUAAUUGUUUUCAUUUGCUCGUCUUUCAAUAUGUGUAACUGAGCUGAAAUGCAUCGGCAACUUUGAAUCAAGUAACCAAAGGAGAUUUUUUUUUUCUUUUCAAUCAUCCAAACAUUCACAUAGUCGAGUCCACAAAAAAUACAAAUGUUAUACUUACAAAAUGCAAGAAACAACUGUGCCUUCUUAGCCUAUUAUUUAUUCCUUUUAUCAAGCUAAAGUGUAAAUGUAAUUUAGUUCCUUUGGUUACAACCCAAACUGUGCAGUGAAUCUUUAAAGGUCAUCAUUUUCAGUAUUGUUAUUUGCCUUGUCAAAUCAUAAGUUGUUGGUUUUUUUUUUGGAAAUUGUCAUCACCAUUGCCUUUAUUGGACUGUACCAGCACAACAGCCAGGUUUGAAUAAGUAGUCUGUAGAUUUUUUUUUUUAAAAUCUAAAAACCAAACUAAUAUGCCUUCCUUGCUCUGCUGUGUCACUUGCGUUUUUCUGCAAUUACUUGAAUAUAGUACAGUCACAGUUCAUGUGACGAGCCAAACAUAGAUCUUUUGAGCCAAUCUGUUUGAAAUCCCUCACUUUUCAACUUUGUUUAGACUUUGGUUGUGGUCAAAGAACAUAGUCCAUAGUAACAUUAAAUGUAGGUAUCACGGGUAUAGGAUUCAGAGUGAUUUUCAGUCACACCUGUGGCUUAUUUUAUUUAACCAGCUGACAUAUGAGAAACCACAUGUCAGCUAAUGAAAGGGGCCUAAUGUCCACACAUAUCUCUGUAAUUUACAAAACAGUUGAUUUGUGAGGAAUGUACGUGCGUUUCUUAUAUUGAGCAAGCAAUUUGUCUGUGUACUUCAUUGUAGGCUUGCCUUUUGUCUGAAAUUUGUCUUUCUAAAUGUGUUCUGCCUGUGAUUUCUGUCCUUUUGGUCAGUGUUGAUUCUUCAAAGUUACUUUAGUUGGAGUGUUUUUAUUUGUGUAUGUGAACUAUAGCCAUUUGUAUACUUUAUGAAAGACAUACCAGCAGAGAUGUAUUCUUGUUCCGUCUGUGUUUCUCGUCCAAGACUUAUUGUCAACAAUGCUACUUUGAGAAUGUACAUGACUUUUAUUUUGUUAAAAACCCACCACUUUUUCUGCAGUGUUCAAUAAAAUACAUAUUUUCUGUUUCUCCCCAA